AUGAAGACAGCUCUCUUCAUUACAUGCAUUUUGGCCACGCUGGCUGUGCUAGCAAACAGUGCGCAACAUGGAUCACCUCCAAAAUCACCAGCACCGGCACCAUCAGUAGAUUGUAGCGAUGUUGCAUUUGACAUGUUGGAUUGUGUAACCUAUUUGUCAGAUGGCAAUGCGGAGAAGCCCACUGAUUCUUGCUGUGCUGGGUUUGAAGCAGUGCUUAGUCUGGAUGAUGAUCAGUGCUUAUGUUUUGCAUUAAAGCACAGUGCAGAUUUUGCCGGCGUUGCAGUGAAUCUUACUAGGGCUGCAGCUUUAUCUUCUGAGUGUGGAGUGUCUGCUCCUCCUCUUAGUAGAUGUGGCAUCUCCGUGCCUCCUUCCGGUGCACCUGAGCCAGCUGCACCAUCUCCUGUUUUAGAGAAUGACCAGCCUUCAGCCCCAGCUCCAGCGCCAUCGAACAGUGAUGAUAAUGGGAGAUCAGCAGCAGCUCCAGCAACUAGUGAUGUACCAGCACAAGCACCAGCAAAAGGGACGGCAUGUGCUGUCUCUGCACCCUCUUCGGUUCUUAUUAGCUCCGCUGUUGCUUCCGCUCUUUCUCUCUUUCUGUGGAUUUGA